AUGCGGGUCUCAGCUUUGAAACGCCCUCCAGUGGAGGCCUUUGAAGACUUCCUGAAGGGCACACAAAAGAAGAAACCAAUGAAUGCAUCUGACAAUGGCUCUAAUGUUGGGAUAUAUUCUACCUCAGGGUUACUAUCUCAAAGCAGGUGCCUGCUGAAGAUUCACCCAGAUCACUGCUACCUGGAAGUGGCUGUCACAUCCUGGUGCAGACCUUCAGGGAGGAAGCGGCAGGACGACAUGGAGCAUCAGCUGAACACACAGGCAAAGGCAAGUGGACUAAGCGGCUCGGGUGAAAUAGACCUCACUGGGGAGGAGCUGACACCAGCCCUCCAGGAACCUCCCAAUGCCGUGCAGGCCUGUUGGGAUGAAGAUGGGGACCCCGAGACUAGCUCUCAGGCUGCUGAAGAGGAACCCACCUCUGACUGUUAUAUAGAGUGGGUUUUAAGAGGUGAGUUUACUGAACGUGUCAAGGAAGACGACAUAAUUCUUACGUCCUUCAAGUACCGGAAAAAUGGAUCAGAGCAAGCACUUUCUCAGCAGGUUCCUACAACAAGCUCACUUGCUGAAGAUUCCUUGCCGUGCACGACACAAGGGGCAAAACAAGAAUUUUCUCAACAGGUUGUUGGAGAGAAAUCAUCUGUUGAAUAUUCUGAGCCCGCGGCAGACAAGAAGCGUCCUCGUGGAGAAAUCCCCAACGCGAGCAACAUGUGGGAAACUAACGAAGAUCUUCAACAGCUUAUGGGAUUUGCUCGAAAUAAGCCAAGAGAUAAUGAAGAAAACCACACUCCAGAAAAAAUCGUUUGUCCUCAUCGUGAAUGUGCAAAGCCGCUGAAGAACAGAGAUUCCCUGAGAAAGCAUGUCCUCCUGGUCCAUGGUCCCCGCAAUCAUGUGUGUGCAGAGUGUGGGAAAGCUUUUGCUGAGAAGUCAAAACUAAAGAGACAUUUUAUGGUUCACACCGGAGAGAGGCCUUUCCAGUGCACUUUUAAAGGGUGCGGGAAACGCUUUUCCCUGGCCUACAAUUUGCGCACACAUGUGCGCGUCCACACUGGGGAGAAGAGCUAUGUGUGUACCUUUCAAGGCUGUCCUAAGAGGUUUAGUCAGUCAACUAACCUGAAAAAUCACCUCUUAACUCACACCAAAUCAAAGAUAAGCGAUGAGGGAGCAGAUGGAAAAUAA